UUUUUUUUAUCUUUUUUUAUUAUUACAGUUUUUCUCGUGAUGGCCAUUCCAGUACGAACAUUAACUGCUCUUGCAGGACUUGGUUUAACAGGUGCAGCGGGAGGUUACUAUUUCAUUAAACCUACCGUGGUUAAACCCGUACCUUCUCCUACACCAGUAGCCAAAUACCACGACUCGCGUCCGUUUACUUUAUUACCCAGUACAGAUAUUGACCAACGUCUUCGGUCAGGACAGUUUGCGAAUAAGGUAUCUACACCCGAGGUCAAAGCUAUUUAUUCCAACCAAUUAGCUUCCAAUAACCCCGUAGAGGAUAAUUACAGCAUCCAUACAUUGGGUCAAGGUCUCAUUGCCGGUGUCUACGACGGUCAUAUUGGUCCUCAUUGCUCUCGAUUAAUCAAGGACCAAUUACCCAUCUAUAUGGCUCGUGCAAUAACAACAAACGAACAAGAGGGUUCCACCGAAGACGCGAUUUCUACUGCCUUUGUCGAUUUGGAUCAGGAUAUUCAACAACGAUUUUACAACUUGUUUCCAAAGAACUUGAAGCAUACCACGGAACGAGAUAUUCGUGCCGCUAUUGCACGUCAACCCGAUCAAGCUGCGACAGAAGCGAUUAUUCAAGAAGCGAUUAAUGGAUCUUGUGCUUGUGCGGUUUAUAUUCAUGACGGUGUGAUUUAUUCUGCCAACACAGGUGAUUCUCGUGUCGUCAUUGUGAGUCAGGAUGAGGAAGGAAAUUGGAAGGGUAGACGAUUGGUAGAGGAAGAAUCGCCUGCUAACCCUGAAUGGCGUGCUCAUAUGCUUUCACAACAUCCCGAGAGUGAAGCAGAUGUGAUUGUCAUGAGAAAUCGUAUUUUUGGACUGAUUGCCGUAGGUGGAUCGUUUGGUGAUAUUAUGUAUAAGGUACCUGUUGAUUAUCAGAUGAAGGUACUUCCCUUUAUCCCUUAUGACAUUUACAAAACUUUUGCUCGUUAUCAUCACCGUAUUGUUGUCAAUUACCAUACACCACCUUACCUCCAAUCCAAACCACUUGUGUCACAACACAAGUUAGAGAAGGGUGACCGAUUUGUGAUUUUGGGUACGGAUGGAUUAUGGGACGAAUUAAGCUGGGAUAAUGUACGUAGUACGAAUGGAGACCAAGUGGCUGCCACAAUGAUGAGUCAAUGGAAAAAAAAGGGAGGUGAAUCCAACCCUGCUACCCAUUUAGUGCGUCAAGCCUUAUUAUUUGAGGCUGUGUAUAAAAACGUGGGUAAGAAGGAAGCGGUGGAGGAUGAGACAUUGGAAUUGUCUAAACGUUUGACUCGAAAGCCAUCAAGAAAUUACCGAGAUGAUAUUACAAUUACUGUGAUUGAGUUGGAUACAACGGAGGAUACACCUGUGUAUGAAAAUGUAGGACCUGUGCAUGAAACAAAAGAGGUUUUAUUUGAUGUGCCUCGGUUAGCAGAACCUGUGAAACAGGCUUCUUGGUUCUCGGGCUGGAUUUGGUCUCGCUUGUAGUAUAGCAACCCCCAUGAGAAUAAUAAUUGUAAUAAAAGGGGAUUUUCUUCUUUUUUUUAUAUAUAUAUGUGGGUAGUGGGGGGGGGUUACUGUUGUAUGAACCGUUUCUUGGUUACCUUCAAAAAUAAUGAUAGUUUUGGGACUGCUCUCCCAUAGUAGAUUGUUUUAAUCUAAGCCCGCCUGAAGGCUCUCUAUUAUCAUCAUCAGAUAUAAAAUUUGGCCUUUUUUUUUUGUAAUUUCAGAGAGAGAUAUUUAUGAAGUCAUCGUCGCCUUAUCAACUGUCAAAGAAAAAAAAAGUGCAUCUCCCGCUCAAAAAGAAAGGGGGUGGGUUCUUCCAAGGUGAUAACAUCCCUUUUAGUAGUAG